AAACAAUCAUGUAAUGCCAAGAUCGCAAGCCAUUGGCGACAGUAUAAAUAGUAGCAAAUUUGAGCAUGGUAUCACAAAAGCAAAGAGAAGUAUCCAACUGAAAAUAUAGAGUUUAAGAGUAAAAUGGGGGACCUGCAAUAUGAAGAACCAAAGGCAUCAAAAGCUCCAUUGCUUUCACUUGCCUCCAGAGUUGUGACAGCAGCCUCACUUGCUGCCUCCAUCAUCAUCUUGAAGAGUGCCAAAGUCACCUUUAAGAUCGGCGGAGAUAAAUACCAGUACAGCUACAACGACUCCUCCACCUACCAGUAUGUGCUUCUAAGCAUGUUGGUAGCCUUUGCAUACAACUUGCUUCAAAUUCCCUCCGCGAUUUACCAUCUCAAAACAGGCAAGCGUUUGACAAAUCGCUAUGGAUUCUUGCUCUUCGACUUGUAUGGGGACAAGCUUGGUGUACUACUACUUGCAACAUCAACGGGAGCUGCUUUUGGCGCAACCUUGGAGAUUAAAAGAUCUGCCGACAACCUUGAAACAAUAGGUGGACAGGAUGCAAGCGAUUAUAGAUCAAAGCUUGGUGAUUUCUCCAGCAUGGCAUAUCUCUCUGCUGGAUUACUUCUAAUAGCAUUCAUUAGCUCUACACUUUCCUCCAUCAUAUCAUCACUUGCUCUCUCCAGAAAAUGAUGAUAUAACAGCAACCAAAAGCAUGUUUACUCUGGUCUGAUUCUCUAUGUGUCUAUCAAGGUUUUAUUUACAAUGUACAAGUAAAAAAGAUAUAUAUGCCUUUGAAUCGAUUUAUAGGUUGCAAUCUUAAUUCUUCAAGAUUG